AUGGUGAUCAUCCUAAACUGUAUCACGCUGGGUAUGUACCGUCCUUGCAGCGACAUUGAGUGCGACUCCCAACGAUGCCUGGUCCUCCAGGGAUUCGAUCACUUCAUCUUCGCUUUCUUCGCUGUCGAGAUGGUCGUCAAGGUCAUGGCCAUGGGCUUCAUCGGGAAGCAGGGCUACCUGGGGGAGACGUGGAACAGGCUGGACUUCUUCAUAGUGGUAGCAGGAGUACUGGAGUAUAGUCUGAAUCUAGAGAAUGUUAGCUUAUCGGCAAUCAGGACGAUACGAGUGCUUCGGCCUCUAAGGGCUAUAAAUAGGAUACCAAGUCUGCGUAUUUUAGUCAUGUUACUUCUAGAUACACUGCCCAUGCUGGGCAACGUUCUUAUGCUCUGUUUCUUCGUCUUCUUCAUAUUUGGGAUCAUCGGGGUACAACUCUGGAAGGGUCUUCUGAGAAACAGAUGUUUCCUAGAUCUCAAUGCCACCGUAGGAUAUGGGUACCCCAAUCUCACUGAUUUUUACGUUGAAGACGAGCCUUGGACGGACUAUGUAUGCAGUCUGCCCUCGGAUAAGGGUAUGAGACAUUGCACAGAAAUCAAACCUCUGUAUAGUUUGGACAGAUUGAUAUGUAACGGGAGUGCUUUACCGGAUGCAGACAACAGUUUUAUAGUGAAUUCAUCAGAAUGCGUCAAUUGGAAUCAGUACUAUACAAAGUGUGCCAUUAGUGAUGAAAACCCAUUUUUGAAUUCAAUAUCCUUCGACAAUAUACUCUACGCAUGGAUUGCUAUAUUCCAGGUAAGUCCGUAUCUUUGUACAAUUAUCUAAUUUUUUGAUAAUUUAUUAUGUAUAUUAUAUUUUUUUAUUACAGUGAUGCAUUAUAUUUAUUCUCUACAAAUCUAAAUCAAAAGCAUCUAGGGUAUUAGUAAACUCAUUUUCAUGAUAUUCAAUUCAAAAUGUAUAUAGAAUGAGUUAUGUUAUUGUUUAAAAUUCCAAUCAUUUGACUAAGGCUGUAUUCAAUCAUUUAGCAUUUGAAUAAUGAGGACAAUAAUAUUUUUAUUCCAAGACGGGGGUAGCACUCACAAAUGGGGUCUAUUAACCGAUGGGUGUUUCAUAAUGCUGUUUGUAAAGAAUGAGUUAUGUGACUGUUUAAAAUUCCAAUCAUUUGACUGAAGCUGUAUUCGAUCAUUUAGCAUUUGAAUAAUGAGGACAACAAUAUUUUUAUUCCAAGACGGGGAUAGCACUCACAAAAUGGGGUCUAUUACCCGAUGGGUGUUUCAUAAUGCUGUUUGUAAAUUAUGACUGGUGAUCCUUUCUUGUAGUAAAUGAUGAAUACCAGAUUUCCAUUGGUGUUGAUUAAGUUCCUAAGAAAGUAUUACCAGUUUCUCGUAAAGUUGCUUUUAGCUUACAAACAUCUUUAUGAAACACCCACCCGGGGUCUAUUAGCUUAUUGCACUAUGUAUUCUUCAGUUUCUCUCAAACCAAUUAAACUUUAUCGUGAUAUAUUAUUAAAGAAGAAAAGAUAUCCAUUUAUUCACGUUUUUGAGAGGUCCAAAUAUUUCUGGGUACCAAGUUCACUGCACGGCUUCAGAUAUAAGAGAGUAUAAUAUGCCAAUAUUUUUGUUCCAGAAUCUUGUAAUUUUUAAGUGUUCUGUUUUUAUAUAAGAUGAUUCCAGUAUUUCUUUUUGAAUGUAUGGUCCCUUCAGUCUUUAAAUUAUGCUUAUAUAUUCUUUAAUCUCUUCUUAUAUAUCAAUUUCAAAGUAAAUGAGGCUCAGUUUGUAAAAUGAGAUUGAAAUUAUAUAUCUGUGUCUAUGUCAUUUUCUGUUUAAAUCUGUCAAUCCUUUUUUUGUUGUUGAAGGUCAAUGAUAUUCCUUUACCCUGACAGAUACACAACGAAUGAGGUGUUGAUUUAUCAUGUUAAUUUUCUUCUCAUCAAGCAUUUCAAGAAAAUUAUUUUGCCUUUAUAAUUUCUUAAAAAUAUUCUGCGUUUCUAAUGCCAGUUUUGUUCCUUCUCUCAUUUCCAGACCUUCGUUCAGUUCUCCAGCACACCAUUAACUUGGUUACCAUGAUUUAUUUUCAUCCCAUGUGUAUUGUGUUAAUUUUUUUAAUUAAUUAGAGAUUCAUUCUUUGCAUUUUAAUCAGAUAUUAUUUUUCUAUUGAUAUUCAUUGAUUUUGAUUGAAUAUCUCCCUUCUGUGUGCUAAUGUUGUGUGAAUGCUAUGUAGUGUAGUGGGAUUGAUUGUAUGGGUCAUUGACCCUGGUGCUCAAGCAUGGAAUGGUCAUUUGAUUGGAUUCUGUACAAACUCAUUUUGAAAUCAUUACCACAACAGGCAUUUAUCUUUAAAAAAUAGGCCUUUAUUCUGAAAUUAGGUUGAAUUCAAACUCUGGUCUAAAGUUGUUGUUUAACUAUGGAUAGCCAAUUGUGGCAGACAUACAUCUCUAUUAAAAGUAGAGGUUCAACUUAUCAGUCAAUUUGACUCUCAAAUUGUUCUGAACUGUCUGAGAAGGAUAAAUAAGUUGCUUUCCCCAGUAAAGAAUUAUGAAAGAGUAUGGUAACCAUAAGAAACAUACUUAUAUGUAUUUUUGGGGACAUUUUUGGCUUUCCAUAAUUUAGUACAGAGUUAGACUACAAUUUAUUCAAGUUCAACCUGAUUUCAGAAUACGGGCCAAUAUGAAUUAAAUGGCUGUAUGAACACCACAUGAGCAUAUCUCUGAAUCCAAGUCUAGUUAGAGAUGACAGAAACAUAUCCAUGAUAUUCUGAAGCAAAUGAAAACUUUCAUCACUGUCAUAGGCACAUGAGAGAGUGAGAGGUAUAUGAUACUCAUCUGUAAAUAAGACGGGGUCUUAUAUGUCGGGAGAAGAAAGAUGUCAGUUGUAAUGUUUAACAGUUUUUAAUACUCGUCAUUCACCGAGCCAAUAAAUCAAGAGCUGCGCAGAGUUUUUCACGUACGGGCCAUAGAUCUCCUGUUAAAAGUCAUGUCAUUUAGCAGUGUGUAUUAAAGUCCUUGAUAAUGAGUAUCUCUUUCUUUGUGUAGAGGCGAAUGUCACUUCAUGUUAUGUUAGACAUACAAAUGCCUUUUAAAGAAUUGUGUUAUAAAUUGGUCAUAUAUUGUCUCUUUCUCCAACAUUUCCCCUUUAAAGUUUAUUGAUUCAAAUAUAUCUUCUACAGUUUGUUUUGUUUUAACUUAUAUUAACAUUAGGAAUUUCUGUAAUGUAUUUCAAUAAUUGGAAUAUUCCUAAUAGAAUGAUGUGCAUUUCACGUUGGGUUAUUCUUGGACACAUUUCAAAUCAAGUGGGGGGGAGGAAUGCUGCCAUGAAGGUGCUCCUAUGAGGGUGAAUAUGAAAUAAUUCGGCAUUUGCACCGAGUGAAUGAUUUUAAUUGUACAUUUUAUUCUUUAGAAAUAUCUUUAAGCAAGUAAAGAAAAUAAUGUUCAAUUUGUAAUUCACUGGACUGUUUACUCCCCCCCCCCCAAUUUUACAAAUAUUUUUGUUAGAACGUAUAGGACUAAGUGACAAAGGAACAAUCAUGAAGAAGAGUAAUAGAAAUAAAAUUGAUAUCUAUAGUAGAUCUUGACAUCGGGGAACAAGGGAAUCAAUUGCUAGCAAUCUUAGACCAGGGUCCCAUAACACAAAUGUUAGAGAUUGAUCAUAUAAUGCUUGAUUUUGAUGAUUGAUCGUACAUUGUAGUCUAUGCAAUCAAUUGUAGAAAAAUGCUCUACGAUCAUUGCUAAGCUUUGUGUCACGGGCCCCUGGAUGUGAGGACUUAGCCUCUCAGCUACCAAGCUGUGUUUGAGUAGUGCAGGUCCCGUGGUGGCUUGAACAUUUGAUGGUCAUGUGCUCGUAGAGAAUACAUAAUGAGACAACAUUUCAUGACGUGAUUAGACUGGGGCCAUUCAUGCAUAGAGUAUGUUCUCUCAGUUGAUACGUGCUUAUGGGUGGUGCUGUCGUAUACGCAUUGAGCAAGUGGGAUCGCUUUGAUAAUUUCCAUGUAAAGAAUUGGUAUUACCCAAUUGGUUGGAUAUUUGAAUUUAUUUUACCAUCAAAUUUUCAGAUAAAUAGAAAUUUGUGAGAAUUGUUGGAGCCAUAGCAUGAACUGAGGGUUAUUUGUGUUAUGAUGCAAUUGCAUAAUAUGCUAACAAUUUGAAAUAAAAAUCAAAUUUAAUUAAGACCUUUUAAAAUGAAAAUCUAAUUUUGUGACAGAUUUUAACACAGAAGAUAUUCCAUAUUUUACCCUUCUUUUUCAUUUUUGUCCCUCAAGCCCCCAUUUGCACACAGUGUUGAUGUGUUAAAAGACAUUUUGAAAUGAAUUAUUCCCAUUAUUCAGUGCCAUUUUAAAAAAAACUAAUAACAAACUAUACAGGUAUUAAGUCCAUAUACUGUACAUGUUGACUUACAGUGUCGUCUAAUUAAUAGCAUUAGUAUUGGGGAAAAAGAAAACCUGCAAUUUGAAGGUCUAUCAGAGGUGAUGAAAAGCAAGGUUUGCUCACGUUGUGAAAUGACUCCUCAGUCUCUUUCUGAUGUUGUUGCUAUCGUAAACAUAAGGCUAGACUAGACGUGAUCCGUAUUGUAAUCGAAAGAUAACAUACAAUGUAUGUUAUUCUGCUACUCGAUGAAGAAGUGACUCUAAAAAGGGGAAAUGGAUUGUGGAAGGGCCCAUGUAGUUAAAGCAGAAAAGUGGGAGACAUACUGGCCCGUAUUCUAAAGUCGGGUUUAACUUAAACUCAGGUUUAAAGUUGUGGUUUAAGUAUGGAUAGCCAAUUGUUACAUAAACCACUAACAGUAGAGAUAUCAUAUUUCAGCCCAUUUGGCUCCCAAAUCAUUCAUACAUGUACUUGUCUAGGAAGUAUAAAAAGAUGUUUGUCAACACCAUGGAUGAAUCAGGAAAGAGCACAGUAAACAUAAGAAUGAUACAACUUAAUACACAUUUUGACACUUUUGGCUUCCCAUAAUUUUAGCACAGAGUUAGACCAUGGUCUAAGUUAAACCUGACUUCAGAAUACGGGCCACUAUGUUUCUAUAUAGAGAGAUGAGAACUCUAGAAUGCAUCCUCAUAGAUUGUUCUACAGGAUUGUAUGGAAACAGGCUAGUUCCUGCCUUGCACCAUAAUUUUAGUUAAUAGGUUUGGCAAUUAGACUUUUCUCUCU